GAAAGUUUGGGAUCUUGUAUUUUUGUUUACAAAACUCCAUUCCGCGCGCUGCUCUUAACGAACUUAACGGCCACAGAGCUCCCCGGAAACCCAGCAACUUUUCCAUGGCUCACAGAGAAUUUCUUCAACCCGCCAACCCAAACUCUCACUCUCUCUCUCUCUCCUCACCUCUCUGUCUCUCUCUCUCUCUCUCUCUCUCUCUGUGGUUAUGCAUGGAAAUCCCCAACAAAUCUACCACCGCGCCAUGGAAAAUGAAUAACAAUCGCCACCAAACCCCCUCCAAAUCGAGCUUCCUCCCCAGAUCCCUCCUCCUCAUCUACGACCACCAAAAGCCAUGGUGGGACCAAAUUCUCGAUCCCGGAAGCGAAUUUGCCAAUCAAUGGAACCACAUCUUCAUGGUCACAUGCCUAAUUGCUCUUUUCUUGGACCCUAUGUACUUCUAUCUCCCCAAAAUCGGUGGCCGGGUUUGCAUGAGCAUGGAUGUGGGGUUGGGCGUCUUCAUCACCGUCCUCCGCUGUGUUGUGGAUCUCUUCUCUGUGUUGCAUAUGGCCAUGAAGUUCCGGACCGCCUAUGUGGCGCCCAGCUCUAGGGUUUUCGGGCGGGGAGAGCUCGUGACUGAUCCGUGGUUGAUCUCAAAGCAGUACUUGAAAUCCGAUUUCUUGAUUGAUCUUGCUGCCACGCUUCCGCUCCCACAGAUUGUCAUCUGGUUUAUAAUUCCAGCAGUGAAAAGCUCUACAGCUGCUCAUGCUAACCACACACUUUCUCUGAUUAUUUUCCUUCAGUAUAUUCCACGGUUGUUUGUUAUUUUUCCUUUGAACCAGCGAAUUAUUAAAACUACAGGGGUGGUGGCUAAGACUGCUUGGGCGGGGGCAGCAUACAAUCUCCUUCUCUAUCUGCUUGCUAGUCAUGUUUUGGGGGCUUCGUGGUAUGUGCUGUCCAUUGAGAGGCAGGAUUCAUGCUGGAGACAGGAAUGUAGAAAGGAGCAGAAUUACACACACUCUCCAUCUUGUAGUCUUCUGUUUCUGGAUUGUAAAAAUUUAGACAAGCCCGAACGCCAGUAUUGGUUGAGAUCCACUAAAGUACUUACAGAAUGUGAUAUUCGAGAUGGUCAAAAUUUCAAUUUUGGAAUGUUUGCAGAUGCCUUCACGGAGAAUGUUGCUGCUUCAAAUUUUCUUGAAAAGUACUUUUACUGCCUUUGGUGGGGUAUGAAGAAUCUAAGUUCAUAUGGACAGAGUUUGAACACAAGCCUUUAUGUUGGUGAAACGCUAUUUAGCAUUCUUAUUUGUGUUGCGGGUUUAGUUUUGUUCGCACAACUUAUUGGCAACAUGCAGACCUAUCUGGCUUCUACAACAGCAAGACUUGAAGAAUGGAGGGUGAAACGAAGAGAUACAGAGGAAUGGAUGAGGCACCGACAAUUACCUCCAGAUCUUCAAGACCGUGUUCGUCGUUUUGUUCAAUAUAAAUGGCUUGCUACAAGAGGAGUAGAUGAAGAAGAAAUAUUGCAGGCUUUGCCCUUGGACCUCCGACGUCAAAUCCAAAGGCAUCUCUGUCUUGCCCUUGUUCGCCGUGUUCCUUUCUUCUCACAAAUGGAUGAUCAACUUCUAGAUGCAAUAUGUGAACGUCUCGUCUCAUCCCUAAGCACCAAGGACACAUACAUUGUUCGGGAAGGAGAUCCAGUGAAUGAGAUGCUUUUCAUCAUUAGAGGCCAGCUUGAGAGCUCCACAACUAAUGGUGGACGGUCUGGAUUCUUCAACUCCAUUACUCUCAAACCCGGUGACUUCUGUGGUGAGGAAUUGUUAACGUGGGCCUUAAUGCCCUCCUCAAACCUAAACCUUCCAUCCUCAACCCGAACCGUCCGAUCCCUUACUGAAGUCGAAGCAUUCGCACUUCGAGCAGAAGACCUCAAGUUCGUCGCAAACCAAUUUAAACGUCUUCAUAGCAAGAAACUACAACAUGCUUUCCGAUACUAUUCCCACCAAUGGAGAACUUGGGGGGCUUGCUUCAUACAAGCCGCGUGGAGGCGCUUAAAAAGGAAGAAGUUGGCAGAUGAAUUGUCGAGACAAGAGAACUUAUAUUAUAUGCAACUUUCUGAUGGAGAGGGCAAUAAUGGUGACGAUUAUGAGGAUAGUGGUGGUGAAAGCCCGGCAAUGGACACCAGCGUACAACAGCUCAGUGCUACAUUCUUGGCCUCAAAAUUUGCUGCAAAUACUAGAAGAGGGGUUGCUCACAAAGUGUCAUUGGUUGGCCCUCCUGCAAUGCCAAAGCUGUUUAAGCCUGAUGAGCCUGAUUUCUCUGCUGAUUGAGAAAGGCUGUUUUGAUAUAGAUUAGAUAAUUUUAGGAGAGAGGAUACAUGAUAAACAAACAAAAUAUUUCAUUUCAUGUGCAUUUAAGUCUGUGAUGAUUAAUUGUAAUUCGAUUUUUUGAUCAUUGCUUGCCAGUGGUGGAAUCAAGAUUUUGACUCAAUUGGUGUCAAAUUAGGAACUAA